AUGCCCCCUCCCUUGCCGGAUGCGUCUGGUGACGCAUCAAAUGCAUCAAUUCUCACGUUACGGGCCAAUUUUUCCAACAGCCUGACUUUGUUGACAACAGCGCCCUCCGUGAAUGACUUUCUGAAGGCUACAGAUGGCCCUUUCGCCCGUCUGAGGAGCCUGGUUGGACAACACACUUCCAUGAAAGAUAUGCCACAGUUCCAACCCCUUGCCCCCCUUGAGGACGUUGUAAAGAACAUUGUGCAAGAGCUAUGGGGGCACACCUCCGUCAAGGCAGUCAGAGGUAUUGGGAAUAUACUUGAUGAAGCAUCCAUCAUAGACGACCUCAGCUUUGAAGGUGCAUUAUUUUCCUCACUGCUCAAACUGUUUAGAAGCUCUCAACACUGUGCAGUUUUCAUGGAGACGUGUAUGGCCACGUAUGCCCAGAAAAGGGGGAAGUCCCCCCGCUCUCAUAACGCGACUGAUACAGGCCAAACCGCUUGGCAGACAUGGCUUAAGCUUCACUCGGGACUCGAUAGCCAAGAUGCAGCAAGCCUCCACAAGUCAGAGCAUCUGGAAAUCGAGGAGAAGUAUCCAGACAGGGCGGACGAAGCGAAAGCCUUUUAUGACAAAGUUCUGGUGCAUUAUGGAGACAUUAUUUUGUCUAAGGACGAAAGAGAGACCCAACCUAAUGAAAGUCUCCACCUGCUUCAGAAAAUGACAGGAAAAUAUGCAGCACAGGUCUGCGCACUUAGUUCCACCCAUCCCAUUGGCGUCACUGUAGUGGGAUUUGUAGCGGAUGAGACCGUCCCCCCGGAACAGUCCACAGUAGCUUUCACCAGCUCACCGAUUAUGGCAGAAAUGGUAAAGGCUAUGGGUCUGCCACUCACCGAGGAUGCAGCCCUUGCCAUAAGGAAUCUGUAUGAUGGCAUAAAGGCUUUCAGCCCAUACCAACCCGAUAUCAGCAAACAGAGAAGCUUCCUUUGUCAUCUUCGUGCCUUCACGAACCCGGACAAGUCCAACAAUGAGGAGUUUGGCGCAUCAGGCCUGAUGAAAUCUGUUGUAGCAACUGCCAGGCAAAGUGUCCAUUUCCAUGAUAGCCUGGACAAAUACCUGACGGUGAAGAUGGAGGCCAUGGACGAAAACGACAUCGAUUAUCAUACACCGAUAUUGAAAAGGAAAGAUGGCCUUGUGUUAGGUACGGGUCAGCAAAUGGGGACGACUGGCGGGGACAAGGCUCCGGGGUUGGGCUUCGGCCUCAGCAACUCCAAGAGAGCGCUGUGCCCACCUACUGUCUCAGUGCCCACAUUUCGAAGUGGCUUGGGCUGCCUUGUUAGGGGGACAAACCAUGUCGAUAUUCAGACUAAAGUUAUAAUAAUGUAA